CAACUCUCCCUUUCAUCACAACAACAGCAUAUGCUUUGCUAUGCCAUCGAUGAUCCCAUUUCCUCUCUCUCUCCUCCACCCAAAGCUCCCCAUCAAAAGCCCUUUGAUUUUCCCUUUUCAGUGUCCUUAGAAAGAUGGCUUGUGCAACCACAAGACCCGCCUUCUCCUUCCACCUCUCCACCACUCUCCCUCAACCAUCCCCUCCAAAGCCCAAACCCCAUCUCACAUUUCCUCCUCAUCUCCCCAAAAUUCCCUCCAUUUCAGCUCUUCACAAACCCCCAAAGCCCCAGUUCUCUUCAAGGUCCGUUGAUGUCUCCAAAGAAGACAAACCCACCUCAGAACAGCCUGAUUCAUCAACACCCACCUCGGAUUCUCCUCCCCAGGAGCCUGAGAAUUUCGACAAACGCCGUCUGGAAGAGAAGUUCGCGGUGUUGAACACCGGAAUUUAUGAAUGCCGGUCUUGUGGGUAUAAGUAUGAUGAGGCUGCUGGUGACCCAUCCUACCCUAUACCACCAGGGCUGCAAUUCGACAAAUUGCCCGAUGACUGGCGGUGCCCGACGUGCGGGGCGGCCAGGAGCUUCUUUGAGAGCAAGAGUGUGGAGAUUGCGGGGUUUGCACAGAAUCAGCAGUUUGGAUUGGGUGGUAAUACACUGACUUCUGGGCAAAAGGCUGUGCUUAUAUAUGGAAGCUUGCUCUUUUUCUUUGUGUUGUUCUUGUCUGGUUACUUUUUGCAAUAAUAGGCCCUCCCUGUACUUAUUUGUAUGUGUAUUAGAAAUAUAUUUGUGAUAUGUGAAAAUAGAAGAAUUUCAGGUUAAAUUGGAUGAUUUGAAAUAGCAUAUUAUGAUUUCUAUUGAAUAUCUAUGUCAUGGUGAUA